AUGCACCUCGUCGUCUUCUUGGGCCUUGUCUUUCUCAGCCCUGGAGUGACCACCUGGGGCCGCCGUAACUCUCAUGGGUUGAGAAAGAGAGGUGAGGAGAAAUCCAGAGAUGUCAUGGGACCUGCCCAGAGCAAUGGCUUUGCCUUUGACCUCUACAGAGUCUUGGCUUCAGCCGACCUCUCUAAGAACAUCUUCUUCUCGCCCCUGAGUGUCUCCAUGUCCCUGGCCAUGCUCUCCCUGGGGGCCCGGUCCCACACAAAGACACAGAUCCUGCACGGCCUGGGCUUCCAACUCCAGGAAGCUCAGGAGAGAGAACUCCACAGGGCCUUCCAGAAGCAACUGCAGGAGCUAGACCUGCCCAGUGACAACUUCCAGCUGAGUCUUGGCAAUGCCUUGUUCACGGACACAACCAUGAACAUUCAGGACGCCUUCCUGAGGGCCGUGAAGAGCCUGUACCUGGCGGACAUCUUCCCUAGUGACUUUAAGAAUGACCAAGCAGCCAAGAAGCAGAUUAAUGAUUAUGUGGCCAAUCAAACAAAUGGCAAUAUCGUAGACUUGAUUAAGCGCCUGGAUAAGAAAACGAUAAUGGUCAUGGUCAAUUACAUUUUCUUUAAAGCUAAAUGGAAGACAAGCUUCAACCCUGAAAAAACUCGGCAGAAGGACUUCCAUGUGAGCACAAAGAAGGUGAUCCAGGUGCCCAUGAUGAACAAGGAAGACUUCUACCUCUUCUUGCAGGACUCGAAGCUCGACUGCACGGUGGUGGGCAUCCCCUACCAAGGCAAUGCCACGGCCCUCUUCGUUCUCCCCAACAAAGACUCCAUGAAGCAAGUGGAGAGUGGGCUGAAUGCCAAAACCUUACAGAAGUGGCUUGAGAUGCUCAGAAGACGGAAGUUUGAGAUUUACCUUCCCAGAUUCUCCAUCGAGGGUUCCUAUGAGCUGAAGAAUGACCUUCCUAAGCUGGGGAUCCGUGAGAUCUUCACUUCCCAAGCUGACCUGAGUGGUAUCACUAGCCUCCCAAACAUCUAUGUGUCUGAGAUUGUGCACAAGUCCAUGGUGGAAGUAGAUGAGUUGGGAACCACAGCAUCUGCUGCCACAGAGAUAGGCGUCUCUUUCAGGUCAGCCUGGAGACACACUCCUGUGAUUAUACUCGACAGGCCCUUCCUGAUACUCAUUGUUCAUGACAGAACAAACAGCAUCCUCUUUCUUGGGAAAGUGAACUACCCCUGA